AUGAGAGGCACGAAGGGUUAUGAGCCACGUUCAAGCUCAUCUUGUGCAGCUUGCAAAUUACUAAAAAGAAGAUGCACACCAAAUUGCCUAUUUGCACCCUACUUCCAUUCUAACGAGUGCAAGAAAUUCGCCAAAGUCCACAAAGUAUUUGGAGCAAGCAAUGUUAGCAAAAUACUCAUAGAAGUCCCAGAAAAACAGCGAGAAGACACAGUGAAUUCUUUGGCUUAUGAAGCAGAAGCAAGACUUCGAGACCCGGUUUAUGGAUGCAUUGGUGCCAUAGCUUUGUUGCAGAGAAAGAUGAUGGAACUUCAACAUGAUCUGGACAUUGCUAAAGGUCGUCUUGCUCACUGUCGCGCUCUUGCUGCCACUGCUACAACCACCGCGACGAUUACUCCGGUUGAUAGUGUUACCUUGCCUCCGUUUCCUGAGUUUUCAACUUCUAAUGAUCUCAGUGAUAUCUUCUGUCAUGGCUCUUCUUCUCAAUUAUCGACCCGGCUUGAAACCGUCGACGAUUUUAAUCAAAUUCCAUAUAUAUUUUGA